AUAAAAUUCUACUAUAUAUAAGAUGGUGAUUUUUUUAUCUUGAUUUCAAAGAAUUAUAAACAUAAAAUUUGAAGUUACAUUCCUCCUGCAAAUAGAGCUCCAUGGCAGCAUAUCCAACUUCAAAUGGUGAUAUUUUUGGAGAAAAGAAAGGAAAAGCAGUGUACACAGAUUCGAUAUCAUUGAUAUCUCGUGAAGGUAAUAAAGAUGAUGGUGGUGAUGAUAAAAUUCAUGUUCCUAAGCAUAAAUAUGACGGUGAUAUCAUCAUAACUCCAAAUAAUGAGUCCUAUAGUUAUAAGAAGGAAGAUUUGACUUGUGGAUCUGUCAAAGAAGUUGAAAACUAUGAAAAGGAUGGAACACUUUCAAAGCGUAAAAGAAAAGAAAAAGAAACCAUCAAUGUUGAAGAAGUCGAAAAGAAACUUUCUAAGAAAGCAAAGGAAGAAGCUGAAAUUAAUCGAAUUCGGGUUGAAAAGUUUCUUGCAGAAGCUCACUACAAUUUACUUCACUGGUUUGAUGACAAGUAAUCAAGAGACAUUAAAGAACAUGUUAUCAUGCAUUUUUAAUAAACUAUUUUGAUUUUAUUAUAUACAUUAUAUGGUUGGAUCUUGUUAAUGUUUGGUUGAUGUAAUGAAUAAUACUAUUUUCCUUCAAAAUUCAUAGCUGCUUUAAUAUGGUGGUGGUUUUCUACAUGUAUUGUGUGUUUUGAACUGUGCUUUUAAAUAAUAUUAUAAGGCGUAUGUUAUACCAAUACUUAUGGACUUUUUUCA